AAUGUUUUGCCGUUUUACCAAAACCUUUCUUCUUCUCCGAACCCUAAUUUUCCUGUUCUUCAAAAUUAAUCAACAAAUCAAAAUCGUUUUACAAAUCUAUCCGAACUGAAUCUCAACAAACUGAACUUUUCCAGGCUAAUCAAUUUAUUCUGUCUUGUUUGGAUUAUUCAUCAUCUUCGGCGCCAAACUGAACUUUUCCAGGCUAAUCAAUUUAUUCUGUCUUGUUUGGAUUAUUCAUCAUCUUCGGCGCCAAAGUUGAGGAUUCUGAUUCCAUGGCCUCUAAAAUGGAAAGCGAUAGUCCAACAGAUACCCCACCAUCACCGCCAAAGACUAUAUACAAGGAUCCAGAUGAUGGGAGGCAACGGUUUUUGCUUGAACUGGAAUUUGUUCAAUGCCUUGCUAAUCCUACCUACAUCCACUAUUUGGCUCAGAACCGAAAUUUUGAGGAUGAAGCAUUCAUUGGGUACUUAAAAUAUCUCCAAUAUUGGAAUCGCCCCGAAUAUAUCAAAUUUAUCAUGUAUCCUCACUGCCUCUAUUUUCUCGAGCUUCUUCAAAAUGCAAAUUUUCGCAAUGCAAUGGCACAUCCUAGCAAUAAGGAAUUGACGCAUAGACAGCAGUUCUAUUUCUGGAAGAACUAUAGGAACAAUCGGCUAAAACACAUUUUACCAAAACCACUUCCAGAACCUAAUGCUGCACUUCCUGCCUCAACUCAACCCCAGCCACCCGUGCCUGCACUACCACCAGUACCUGCUACGAACGUUGCUGUGACAGCAUCUUCUACUCAAGCUCCUUCUCCAAUGCCAUAUGGUGUCCCUCCUGGCUCUAGUCUUGCAAAAAAUGACAUGAGGAAUCCUACCGUUGAUAAAAGAAAAAGAAAGUAAGCUUUAUAUGCGAUAUGCUCGAUAUUUUGUUCCUUCCCAUCUGGGAAUUGAAGUGAUGAUAAUGACAGGACAAAAGUUGUGUAAAGAAGUUACUUUUAUUACUGUUAUUUUCUCCGAAAUCUAUUAGGCAGUUUAGUUUAAUGUUUUUAUACUUUCUGUAAAUUCAAAAAGUAUAAUGAAACUGCUUCAUACAUUUAGGAAUCAAAGUGACUGACUGUGUAGUCAUUUUAGUUUAAUAAUUUCUAAUCAAUGAAAUUAUGUUUUGAUGCGUC